ACAUCUGAAGUAUAUAACAAGAUACAAUAUGUCUCAUGAUCAACAAGUUUCUACUAUUAGAAAGCGAACUAGAGAUGACAAUGAUGAUGAAAUGGAACUUAUUGCAAUAGUUAGUGGCUUUAUUAUGGUAGCAGUGGGUGCAUGGCAUAAUAGGUUUAAGCAUAAGGACAUGCCUUGGAAUGAACAUGAACGUGCAAUGAAAAGAGCGUAUUGGUUGGAUUCCCUCAUGAAUGAUAGAAUUUGUAAGGAGCAGUUGCGUAUGGAUCGGAGUUGUUUUGAUAAGUUAUGUCAUGUUUUAGUGGCUAAAGGAGGUCUAGUUACUACUAGGAAUGUAACAGUCUUAGAAAUUGUUGCUUUCUUUCUACAUACUCUUGCACAUGAUCUUAAGAACAGAACUAUUGGUGCUGUGUUCACUCGUUCGGGAGAAACGGUAAGCCGUCAGUUCCAUACCGUGCUCAAAGCUGUGAUGAAGAUAGGCAAGUUAUAUAUUAAGCAAGUAGAUUCUAGUGUGACAUAUGAUGGAGACAAUAAGUGGAAGUGGUUCGAGCGGGCACUUGGGGCACUUGAUGGGACACUUAUUAAGAUGACAGUUCGAGUUGAGGAUUGGCCUAGAUAUAGAGAUAGGAAAGGAGAUGUUACUACUAACGUACUAGCUACAUGUGAUCCUAGUCUUCGGUUCAAUUAUGUUUCGCCAGGUUGGGAAGGAUCGGCUUCCGAUCCUCGCAUUCUAGGGGAUGCCCUUCGAAGACCUAAUGGUCUCAAAGUUCUCAAAAAUAAGUAUCUUCUUGUCGAUUUGGGAUAUUCUAAUGCACAUAGGUUCUUGGCUCCAUAUAAAGGCACUCGUUACCAUUUGAACUUGUGGAGAGGAACUACUCCUACAAACUAUAAAGAAUUGUUCAACUUGCGUCAUUCAUCUGCACGUAAUACUAUUGAAAGAGCAUUUGGGUUAUUGAAAAAGAGGUGGGCUAUAUUGAGGAAAAGUAGUUUUUAUGAGAAGCAAACACAAGACAACAAAAAUGCAGCCUCUUAUCGCAACAAGUGCAUAGAGAAUUGGGAAGAUAUAUGCACUCUAUUCGGUGCAGAUAGAGCUGUUGGGGAUGGUUCAGAACAACAUGAUGAGGCAGCGGACGCCAUGGAGGAGGAAAUGAUAAGUGAAGGAAAGAGCUCAUCCAAGGAUCCAACUGUUUCAGGCUCUCGCAAGCGCAAAAAAGAUAGUGUAGCUGAUGCGGUCAACAGUUUUGCCGAGUCCUUCAGAGAAUAUGUGCAAAGCAAAAUGAACGACACCCCGAAACCCACUUGUCAAGAGAUAUAUACCGUUGUGUCUGAAGUAUAUGGCAUUUCUAGGAAUCAGAUUAUGAGGGCAGUAAAAAGGUUUAUGAAUGGUAAUCCCGACGAAUUUCUAAUGUUGAAAGAGCUACCGGAGGAUGAGAAACUUGAUUGGGUACUCUUGUGCCUUGCUGAGUAG